AUGGGGCCACAUGCAUUUCAACAUUUGUGUGACCUUCUUGAGCGAUUUGGUGGGCUGGAACCUACAAAGCAUGUGACUAUUGAGGAACAAGUCGCAAAGGGUCUUUACUUGUUAUCACACAGUGCAACAAAUAGUGAAGUUUCUUUUAUCUUCCGGCGCUCUGGUGAAACAAUAAGUCGCCAUUUUCAUAGAUUCUUAAGAGCUGUGAUAUCAAUGGAAGAAUACUUUCUUAAGCAACCUGAUGGCUCACAAGUUCCUUUGGAAAUAUCAAGUAGUAACCGGUUCUACCCAUAUUUUAAGGAUUGUGUUGGGGCACUUGAUGGAACACAUGUUGGUGUCAAAGUCUCUAACAAGGAUGCGCCAAGAUAUCGCGGUAGAAAAGGUUACCCGACACUAAAUGUUCUAGCUGCUUGUACAUUUGACUUGAGGUUCACUUAUGUCCUACCUGAAUGGGAGGGGACUGCAUCUGAUUCAAGGAUAAUAAAAAAUGCACUUACAAGAGAAGAUAAGCUCAGAAUUCCCAAGGGCAAAUACUAUCUUGUUGAUGCUGGAUACAUGUUAAGGAGCGGGCUUAUUGCUCCUUAUAGAGGUGUGCAUUAUCACUUGAAAGAGUACUCCAAAUGUCCACCAAAAAAUGCUCGUGAAUUGUUUAACCUUCGACAUGCUUCUUUACGCAAUGCAAUUGAGAGAGCAUUUGGUGUGGUGAAGAAGCGGUUCCCUAUUAUAGGAAACGCUCAACCUAAUUACUCCGUUGACACACAAUCUGAUAUCAUUCUAGCUUGUUGCAUUAUACAUAACUUUUUGAUGGGUGUGGAUCCGGAUGAAGAACUUAUUGCUGAAGUAGAUCGAGAACUUGAAAGGCGACCUGUACCGAGAAAUGAAGAGCAAGCACCAAUGGAUAAUGAUGAAGACGCAAAACGAGUUGAACUCAUAAGGAAUAUGAUUGCAGCUAACAUGUGGUCUGACUAUGUAACCAAUGGAGAUUGA